AUGGACUAUAAGAGUACGGCUAAGGCAACAAAUAAUGGUGAAGAAAUUUAUGGUUGGUUGGAUGGAGAAACUAGGGCAAGUCUUACAAAAAUAUAUGAUUUGUAUCGCCAACAUGCGGCUGGUGUAGGUUUCAGUGUAAGGAAAGCAAAACAAGUACGAAAAGUUGGAACUACACAGGUCACAACAAGGCUGUUUCUGUGUUCAGAACCUGGAAAAAGAAACACUAAGUUGAAAAAAGACCAAAAACAGGAGAAAGAUGAACUUGAAAGUCUACUAACAGAGGAAAGUAAUACUUCUGUGAAAAAAAUGAAAAGAAAACCUAGAAGAGUUGCAGUAACUAGGACAGAUUGUAAUGCUUUGAUCGAAGCAAAACUGAAUGAUGGAGGUCAUUAUGAGAUAAUACAGCAUGUUAUGGCACACAACCACCCCCUGACAAGACAACAAUGGAACCAUUUACACCGCUCAGAAUGUGCAAUGACAGUACCUAAGGAGCAAGCAAUAGAGGCUAUGCACGAAUCAGGUUUUCGACCUAGUGAGUCCUUUCGAUACAUGUCAAACGAAGCUGGUGGAGAAGAUGAUGUAGGACAUUCAUAUAAGGAUCAUAUGAAUUUCUGUUAUAAGCUGAAAAUUAAGGCUAUUGAAGGAGGAGAUUCUCAAGAAGAUUACAAAAUUCAUGGUGAUGUUACUGUCUUUGACACUACUUACAGAACAAACCGUUACAACCUCAUCUGUGCACCGUUUGUGGGGAUUAAUAACCACUGGAAAAAUACUAUGUUUGCGUGUGCAUUCUUAGGAGAUGAGAAAACAUAA